CCUGUGAGCUGCUCACUUUGGUCCCUCGCCCUUUAUCACUGGCCUUGGACUACAACAAACAGGAUUGGCUCGCGUCAGAUCCUCACAAUCCUGUCAAAGUGAACAGAUGGUUACAUCUAACCAGUUCUUAUUCAGCACAAAUCCAUUGGGAAAGGGCCCUAUCCUGAAAUAUCCGUGAAUCAUGGCCUUCAAUAUGGGUGCCCUAAAGGGCUUUGCUAAUAGCUUGUCCAAUUCGGUGUCCUCUACGGUGUUCUCAACAUAUUCUGCCGUGAAGGAUGUCUUGCCUGGAAACCCCGUGACCCGGGAAUAUGAAGUGGGUGAGCACGUUGCAUCUGCUGGACCAGGAUUGAUAUGGAAAGUAUUCAGUGGGUAUAAGAAGUCUACUAAACAAGCUGCUGCCGUUUUUGUGCUUGAGAAACGCAUUUUGGAUCGAUUUGAGCGCCCAGAACGAGACUAUUUGCUGGAGGUGUUCCGGAAAGCCGUGUCUCAACUGACCCGACUCCGUCAUCCGCAAAUUCUAACUGUGCAACAUCCGUUAGAGGAAUCUCGCGAUUGCCUUGCUUUUGCCACGGAGCCGAUCUUCUGUUCCUUGGCCAAUGUAUUAGGUCGGACUGAGAAUAUGCCCUCGCCGGUUCCACCGAAUAUCAGAGAUUAUAAAAUGUUUGAUGUCGAGAUCAAGUAUGGACUCAUGCAAUUGAGUGAAGGCUUGGCCUUUUUGCAUGACAGUGUUAAAAUGUUACAUCGCAACAUAUCACCGGAAAGUAUUAUUGUCAAUCAUCAAGGGGCGUGGAAGAUUUUUGGCUUUGACUUUUGCAUUCCAAAUACAGCCCCCGCCAAUCAACCCCCGUUAUGGGCUUUCCCAGAAUAUAAUCAUGGCACAUCCGUGGAAUUCGGUUACCCGGAUAUGGACUUCCUCGCUCCGGAAUAUGCUCUGUCCGGAGAAUGUAAAGCGUCAGCGGAUAUGUUCAGUGUAGGCAUGAUAGCCUUUACUUUGUACAACACCAAACCUUUGUUCUGCAAUUCGGGCAAUUGGGGUAUUUAUAAAAAACAUGCACAAGAGCUGAGAAGCCUCAGGGAAUCCAAUUUGCAACUGAUUCCUCCCGAUUUGAAGGAGUACCUGAAGCUGUUGUUGAAUGUCACUCCCGAGUUGAGACCUGAUGCGGCUCAAUUUGCCAAAAUUGGAUUUUUUGACGACAUUGGCGUUAAAACGUUGAACAAUUUAGAUUCCCAAUUCCAAUGGGACAACCUUCAGAAGUCCCAAUUCUAUAAAGGUUUGCCAGUUAUAAUUCCAAAAUUACCGCAUCGAGUUGCUCUUCACCGGGUCGUUCCAUGCCUGUCUAAAGAGUUUGUAAACCCUCCCAUGGUUCCUUUUGUGCUGCCUGGGGUUCUGCAGAUUGCCGAAGAAGCGUCGAAACCAGAUUUCGAGGCUUACAUUCUGCCUGAUCUCAAAAAGGUUAUGAGGCUCACUGAACCGGUUCAAAUCUUAUUGAUUUUCAUGCAACGAAUGGAGCUUCUUUUGGCCAAAACCCCUCCCACUGAUGUUAAAAACGACGUUCUGCCAAUGAUCUACCGGGCCUUGGAGUCUGAUGCUUCUCAGAUCCAGGAGCUCUGUCUUUCCAUAAUCCCAGGAUUCGCAGGAUUGCUGGAUUAUCAGGCGAUGAAGAAUGCUCUCUUACCCCGGAUAAAAAAACUCUGCAUUUCCACAACCCUCUUGUCUGUUCGGGUCAAUUGCUUGAUUUGCAUUGGAAAGCUGUUAACCACUCUUGAUAAGUGGCUAGUCAUUGACGAGAUCCUUCCCAUGAUGCAGCAGAUCCCAUCUAGAGAACCCGCUGUAAUAAUGGGGAUCACUGGUGUCUAUAAAUUGGCAUUUACGGAUGAUAAACUUGGCUUGACGAAGGAGGUGAUAGCCGCCAAGGUCCUACCCUUCCUGUUUCCUUUGUCCAUUGAAAAUGGUCUCACUCUACCUCAGUAUAACGUGAUAAUGACGUUAAUCAGGCAAAUGAUUGCCAAAGUCGAGGAGGAGCACUCUGCCAAACUGGAACAAUUGACUUCUUUGCAAAACGAGCAAAGGUCGGCUCUGCAAAUCAGCAUGUCCGAAAAUACCCAAGUUCGCCCGGAUCAACUGAUUGCCAACCCUUCAGGCUCAGCCAGUGCUAUGGAUGACAUGUUCUCCGGCCUUGGUUUGGGUUCUUAUGUUCAGAAGAAAGACACAGGGGCAAUUGCCACGGGUCUGAUGUCCUCUUACAGUCCAGAUAUGUCUAAAAACACAGGACAACAAGGUCAGGCCAAGGCCAUGUCGCUGGAAGAGAAACGUCGCUUAGCUCAACAGUCCGAGAACAUCAAAAAACUCGAUCAUCAACCCCGACUUAGUCCAGCACCAACUUCCAUGAGCCCUCGAAUAUCUUCGACAGGAUCAAGCGGAAAAGAUUUGACCUCUUCCUUGAUGGAACGAAAUCUGACUCAAAUGAAGAGUAGCCAAUCUUUAACUCAAUUUCCCACGACGACUCCCAAUUAUGGGCAGAUGUCGUCGUUCAAUUCAACCAUGAUGAGUUCCAAUAAUCAGUCAGAUUGGGGUAUGGCGAAGCCUUCGCAGGCUAGUAAGCCGGAUUUGUCGGCUUUUGAUUCGCUUUUGACUCCCAUGGCAAGUGGUCAGAAACAGAGUAUGAAUUCCAUGCUUUCUCCCAUGGGAAUGAUGAGUGGGCCUAGAUCUGGACAAGGAAUGCCUGGGAUGACCACUAAUCUAGGAGUGAAGCCCCUUUCGCCCAAUGAUAUAUCCGAUCUUCUGAGCUAAAGUGACAUUUGAUAACAAUUAUUUUAUGCCAUAUCAACCAUUUUUCGUGGCAAAUUUAAUUUUUGUUGAUGUUUGGGCAUUCAUUCCAAUCACUUCGUUACAAGAUUUCAAGCAUUUAAGGUAUUUCUGUAUCUUCCUUGCGCAAAGAUUUAUUAUGCGCUUGUCGUGACUCUAUCACUAAAAGUUGCCAAGUCUCGGACAAAGAUUCCCUCGUUUCAGGAUUAUUAAAUAUUUUGAUGCUGAAA